AUGUCUCGUCGCAUCAAGACCAGAUUUCUCAUACUAUCUGAUACACACGGGUUACGGUUCCAAGCAGACAGAAGGCCAUGUGAACCUGUUGACGUUGCUAUUCACUGUGGCGACCUCACAGGCGAUUCCAAGCUGCAUGACUUCAGGCAAACCAUCGAGCUGCUCAAGGAAAUCAACGCGCCGCUGAAGAUCGUCAUCGCCGGAAAUCAUGACUUCUCACUUGAUGAUUUGGCCUUCAAGCAGAAGAUCACCGAAGCAAGCAGGCUGGCCCAAGAGGAUCUCGAAGGCAGCAUCAAGGCCGAAUACGGUGACUACGGCGACGCUAGGCGGCUUUUCGAUGGACAUGAGGGCAUUGUGUUUUUAGAAGAGGGAUCUCACCAGUUUGCACUCGACAACGACGCCCUCCUGAGGGUGUAUGCAAGCCCGUACACACCGACUACUGGCAACAGUAGCGACUGGGGCUUCCAGUAUAGCGGAGCUCACGAGUUUGCUAUCGAAAGGGGGACUGAUAUCGUUGUAACACACGGACCACCUCACGGCAUCAUGGACAUGACAACAGAGAGGCAGCGAAUCGGGUGCCCUCAGCUCUUUGCUGCCGUCGCCAGAGCUCAACCCAAACUUCACUGUUUUGGACACGUUCAUAGCAGCUGGGGCGCAAAGUUGGCUGCCUGGCGGCCGAUAAUAUCGGACAAGCCUUCGCAUUUCAACGACGUCGAUAACGGAAAGUCCGUGGUGGUCGAGAACCUAUCUCGGUUGAAGGGAUCCAAGUUUGAGUCCGCAGAGGCCAAAGAAGCUCGACAAGAUGCGGCGGAACGGUACAGGUCGCAGCGAUGCUGUCACACAAGUCAUUGCGGCGGCGAUGACAGGCCCCUCAGUCCCGCAGAGACCUUGUUUGUCAACGCAGCAGUUAUGGGGGCGGAUGAAGAGCUCAGCCAAUAUCCCUGGCUAGUCGACAUUGAACUAGAACUCUCUCAAGGCAAGACAUUUGACGGCGUCGAUCCGGAUGAUGGGCACGGCGCGACUCCGGACGGAGAGAGGACGCGGAAGAGGAACGGCGACAUGGCUUUGCCAGAGGAGGAAGACGGUAGGCGGAAAAUUCCCCGUCUAUAUGGUGCCACACCCUCAAAAAAUGAGUAUGAAGGGUGA